CUUCCUCUUCAAUGCACAUUUCAUAGCAAAGCAAAACAGUUUUCUCACAAUAACAAUCACAUAAAGCAAUGGCAUACAGAGUAGUUUUGUCUCUACUCCCUUUUCUCAUGCUCUCUUUGAUUAAUGACCAUGGAAGCUUUGCAAGAGACUUGAACCAAGUUGAUCAGCCUUACCUUGAUGGCUGGCUCAAAAACCCUCAACUAAGGAACCAACAACCCUCUCCUGACUCCAACCAAGUUUACCUUGAUGGAUGGUUGAAAGAUACUAGAGUCGAGAAAGCAAAAUCCAACCCUAACUCCAACCAAGUUUACCUUGAUGGAUGGUUAAAAGAUACCCGGGCUGAGAAAGCAAAAGUCAACCUUGACUCCAACCAAGUUUACCUUGAUGGAUGGUUGAAAGACACCAGAGGUGAGAAAGAAAAAGCCAACACUGACUCCACCCAAGUUUACCUUGAUGGAUGGUUGAAAGAUACCCGAGUUGAGAAAGCAAAAAUCAACCCUGACUCCACCCAAGUUUACCUUGAUGGAUGGUUGAAAGAUACCCGAGCUGAGAAAUCAAAAGUCAUCCCUGACUCCAAACAAGUUUACAUUGAUGGAUGGUUGAAAGAUACCCGAGCUGAGAAAGAAAUCGCCAACCCUAACUCCAACCAAAUUUAUCUUGAUGGAUGGUUGAAAGAUACCCGAGCUGAGAAAGUAAAUGCCCACCCUAAAUCCAACCAAGUUUACCUCGAUGGAUGGUUGAAAGAUACCAGAGCCAACCCAGACUCCAAACAGGUUUACCUCGAUGGAUGGUUGAAAGAUACUCGAGCUGAAAAAGCAAAAUCUAACUCUGACUCCAACCAAGUUUACCUUGAUGGAUGGUUGAAAGACACCCGAGCUGAGAAAGAAAAAUCUAACUCUGACUCCAACAUAGUUUACCUUGAUGGAUGGUUGAAAGAUACCAGAGGCGAGAAAGCAAAAACCAACCCCGACUCUACCCAAGUUUACCUUGAUGGAUGGUUGAAAGAUACCCGAUCUGACCAAGUAAAAGUCAAUCCUAACUCCAACCAAGUUUACCUCGAUGGAUGGUUGAAAGACUCUAGAGCCAAGAAAGCCAACCCAGACUCCAAACAGGUUUACCUUGAUGGAUGGUUGAAAGAUACUCGAGCCGAGAAAGAAAAUUCCACCCCUGACUCUAACCAAGUUUAUCUCGAUGGAUGGUUGAAAGAUACUCGAGCUAAGAAAGCAAAAUCUAACUCUGACUCCAACCAAGUUUACCUUGAUGGAUGGUUGAAAGAUACCCGAGCUGAAAAAGUGAAAUCCACCCAAGAAUCCAACCAAGUUUACCUUGAUGGAUGGUUGAAAGAUAUCCGAUCUGAGAAAGAAAAAUCCACCCCUGACUCAAACCAAGUUUACCUUGAUGGAUGGUUAAAAGAUACCAGAGCCGAGAAAGCCAAAGCCAACUCAGAGUCCAACCAAGUUUACCUUGAUGGAUGGUUGAAAGAUACACGAGCUAAGAAAGCAGAAUCCAACUUUGACUCCAACCAGGUUUACCUUGAUGGAUGGUUGAAAGAUAUGCGAGCUGAGAAAGCAAAAGUCAACCCUAACUCCAACCAAGUUUACCUUGAUGGAUGGUUGAAAGAUACCCGAGAUUUGAAAGAAAAGUCGACCCUUGACUCCAAACAAGUUUACCUUGAUGGAUGGUUGAAAGAUACACGAGUUGAGAAAGAAAAUUUAUCCCCUAACUCCAACUAAGUCUACCUUGAUAACUGGUUGAAAAAUAAUUAAUUAAUAUAUGUUAGCCAGUGUCUGGGUACUGUAAUAUUUUAUUUCCGUGUACUAAGAAAGGGUUUAUUUGUGUACUAAUUAGAUUCCAAAUUAGUGGCAAAAUGUUUGGUUAUUAUUGUGUACUAAUUAAGCUCUUGCUUGAGUAUUAAAUAAGGAUUUGCUAUUGGAAAAAAA